AUGACAACUAAGCUUCUGCUCUAUCUUAGUGCCUUCAAAGGCUACUGCUUGGCACAAACAUAUUUUGACACACCGCCUGGAGGAUUUCGUCCAUUUGGCCCGGGGUACACAAAGGGCGCCUAUCCCCAGGACUUCAACGUCGUUGGUCAAGAGUUGGAGGCAAUCCACGAUAGCCAAGGGCCUUCAACCGGGCUGGCUGUCGACAACGAACACAAAUUAUACUUAACAUAUCCCAGAAACGCGAGUCCUACACCAAGCAAUGUGGUAAUCUGCACUUCAUUCAACGAUGAGCAACCGUGGCCCAACGCUGCGAUCCAGAAUUGUACUGAGGGCCAGGAUCCAAGCACAUGCUUCAUCAAUGUCCAGAACAUCGUACUCGAUGAUAAGAAUCGGCUAUGGGUCGUCGAUAGCGGCAUACCAUACGGAACACCUUCAGGGCUCAACGCCACUUACGGGGGCGCAAAACUCAUGAGCUUCAAUGAGAUUACUGGCGAUCUAAUUCGCACCUAUAUCAUCCCUGACGACCUCCUGGCUCACGGGAUGAAUAUGAACGAUCUGCGACUCAACACGACACUCGGCUACGCGUUUAUGACGGAUGCUAGCAGAAACAGCUCACUCUUAGCCAUCAAUCUCAACGAUGGCAGUGGCGUGCGUAGACUGUUCAAUGAGAGCGUUGUUAGAGCAGACGAGAAAUACGUGGGUUCGUACGAUGGUGAACUCAUCUACAGCUGGAAUGGUACGCAGAGGAACCACAUCACUACAGCUGCAGAUGGCAUAGCUUUGGCAUCUGGAAACCUCUACUGGGGCGUCCUCGCAUCCCGGCGUUUCUACUACAUCUCCCAAGAGGCUCUAGUGAACAUCAACAAGACUAACGCUGAGAUUCUCGCUGCUGUCCGAAAUCCUGGACAGUGUGCUUCCGAGCAAGCUGGCUUUACCGCCGAUGACCAAGGCCGCGUCUACAUAGCAGCAAGCGAACAGAACGCCAUCUACUACGUCAACACCUUGGCAACCCAGACCAACAUGACGGUCAACGGACAAGCCCCGGGUGGCUCCGGUCCCAUUCUAGCGAAUGACUACGUAUUGAAGACACUUGUGCGCAAUGCCCUGAUUCAGCAUGCUGAUAGCAUGGCGAUCUUAGGUGGAUGGUUGUACUUCAAUACGAACCAGCUCACGUUGGGUCCGCCGUACCAGUACAACAAUGUGGACAAGCGAAAGGGUCCAUUCCGGAGCUAUAGAAUCUGGAUUGGACGUGGGCCGGCUAUCUAG